AGUCCAGUCGAAAGGUUAGUCACUAUAAUCCGUCGUCUGAGGAGUAUCUCGUCUCUAGAAUCAAUAGUGAACAAAACUAGAAGCCAUGGAUUUAACUCCUUUUAAUCUAACUAAUACGAUCCUUUUGGGCGCGGGGCCGAUCAAUUGUUCGGAGCGCGUCUUAAGGGCUUUGUCCAUGCAAACCAUGGGACCCGUAGACAAGGCAGCAAUCGAGCUGAUGGAUGAAACGAAGGAGAUGCUGAAGAAGGUUUUCCACACGACGAACCGUUUAACCUUUCCGCAACAAACGUCCGGUUCCGGAGGUUUGGAGACUGUUGUUUCGAACAUCCUCGAACCGGGAGAUAAAUUGAUAGUCGCCAUCGGCGGUGUCUGGGGAGAAAGAACAGCAGACAUCGCUGAAAUCUACAAGGCAGAGGUCGUGAGGUUAAGGAAGGAGACGGGUGAAGUGUAUAGUCUGGACGAGUUGGAGAAAGAAAUAGCCAAGCACCGCCCGAAAUUGUUGUUUAUUACGCACGGAGAGUCUUCGACCGGAGUUUUACAACCUUUGGAAGGUCUGGCCGAUAUCUGUCACAAGUACAAUUGCUUAUUAGCUGUCGAUGCUAUCAUUACAUUAUGUAGUGACCCAUUGUACGUGGAUCAUUGGAAAUUGGACAUUGUUGUUGGUGGAACCCAAAAAGCAGUCGGUGCACCGCCAGGAUUCGCACUGUUAACCUUCAGUCCAAGAGCCGAGAAAGUUAUUUUGGAAAGGAAAACCCCAGUACCGUUUUAUUUCAACGUCAAAGGAAUUGCUAAUUAUUGGAACUGUUUGGAUGGACAAAGACAUUAUUAUUAUACGUAUUCUACGAAUAUGAUUGCUGCGCUGAGGGAGGCUUUGGCUGAAAAACUGGAGGAAGGAAUGGAGAAUGUGUGGAAUCGUCACAGAACUGUAUCGACGCAUCUUUGGAAAAGAAUGGAAUCUAUCGGUUUGAAGUUGUUUAUUCAGAAGGAGAAAAACAGGUUGCACAGCAUCAACACCUACGUUCUACCCGAUGGCAUUGAAUGGACGGUCCUCCUGGAUCACGUCUACGAAAAAUACAACAUCAGCUUGAGUUUCGGUAUAGGACCAACGGCGAAUCGUGCUAUCCGCGUCGGUCUCAUGGGAGUCAAUUCCCGGAUGGCAAUGGUCGAUCACAUCGUUAAAGUUCUCGAGGAAAGCAUAGCCCAUUGCCGCUCGAACGGUCGAGGCAACGUCAAGAAUCAGUAAUUGAUCACAAAGUUGUUAGUUUUUCCAUCCCCAACGGAAAGCAAAUUACUUUAGUUCUUAUCCAGUUAGAAUAUUCCUGUGGUAAUUGUCAUCUUCCUGGAAAGAAUAAAUCAUCUUUCGUUGUUUUAA